CUGUAGAUGUUAAGGGUAAAGAAAGUUAUCUCAUAACUUGGAUAUAUACCUACGAGUUAUCUGUAGAUGGCGAAAGAAUUUUUAUGCUAAGUCAACAGAAAGAGCAACGUGGUUCGUUUGGAUUAGGGGAUUAUUUG